CCGAGAUCCAGCCAGGCCUGUACAGCUAUACACACAGACUCAUCCAUCCCUCUCAUGUCAUGGUGAUGAGUCCCUCUCAGCGUGCCCUGCCUGCACAGCCCUAACGAUUUGUUCAGCAAUCCUCUGCCCAUCCACAGCAGCACUCACAAUCCCGCCGGCAUACCCCGCACCCUCCCCAGCGAGAUACAGCCCACGCACAUUGACUGACUCGAGUGUUAAUGGGUUGCGGUCGAUGCGCACCGGUGAUGACGUCCGAGUCUCAACACCGUGCAGCAAGGCCUGCAUCCAUGGCAUGAUGUGUGUGUGUGGCGGGUGGGUGUGGGUCGGUGACUCACUUGGUCGGUGAUGAAGCCGGGCAGCUGUCUGUCGAAGCUCUCCAGUGCAGCCCUCAGUCGGCCGGUGAGCGACUCGGGAUACAGAUCGUGCAGACUGCUCGCACGCACACCGCGCCUGCAGCACACACACACACAUGUAUGGAGGAUUAGAGACACGGACACAUGAUUGAUCGCCCGUCGUCACCUAUAGGAGCUCUUUGGGAAUGUGCCCUCGUCCACUGCUGACGGCCGCCCCUCCAUGAAGUCGGUGACCCUCUGCACCGGUGCAACCAGGUCGCCGCCACCCCUCAGUGCCGCCUCCCUCUCCCAUGCUCGCUGGAAAGCCACGCCGGCCAAUGGGCCGUGAGACGAGAAAGGCGACAGCUCUUCUGGCCUGCAGGAGACACACACACACAGAGGUCUAUGCGGGUGGCUGGCUAGCUGAUCGUCAUGGUGUGUACGUGACGGGCGUGACGAGGCCGCUGUUUGCCCAUGGCGAGUUGCGCUGUGAGAAUGACAUGCCAUUGACACACAGCUCAGAGGGGUCCAUGCUCGUGGGAACCACCUGCACGCACCGCAGCAGCCGGAGUGUGUCAUAUGCCGACCCACCCACUCAUCGACCCACUGACCUGUCCGCCCGGGCACAUGCAGAAGGAGAAGACGUUGCCCGCCUUGACCGUGUAGUCAGCCACAGGCACCUUUCCCUUGCCCCUGUUGACCCAUUUGGCAUACUCCUUCAGCUGCACCGUGUCGAUCAGCGUCUGUGGGUGCUCCACGCGCAGCCCCACUGCAAACUCCUUUGCAGACAUGGCCACGCCCUGCUCGUGAAGCGACGCAUACAGGUCCCUCGCUGAAUGGCCGAUGGCCAGCACCACAAUGGGGGCGUCGAUCUGGACAAUGUCGUGGUCAUGGCUGUGUGUGUGGUGACACUGAAUGCCGGUGACGGCGUUGGUCGUGGGGUCGAUGGUGAGCCUGUCGGCUGUGAGGCCGAAGUGGAUGGUGACGCCGAGGUCCAACAGCCGCUGACGCAGGGAUUUCAAGAGGCGGACCAGCCUGAAGCAAUGAAGAUGGAAUGCAAAAAGGGCUGCCUUGUGUGGGUUAUGCCUUCGUGCAUACCUGUCCGUGCCGAGGUGUGGUUUGCCAUCGACGAGGAUGCGCUCAGGCGCGCCAAAGGACACAAAGGCCUCCAGCACACUCCGCACCUGGUGAAAGCAAUUGAAGGACAACAGGUCUUAUGUGUCGGGUAAUGUUUGUGACAUCGUUGUGAGUGUUCACCUGUUGCGAGUUGCGUCCGAUCCUGGUGGUGAGUUUGCCGUCGCUCCAGGUGCCCGCCCCGCCCUCGCCAAAGCAGAAGUUGCUGUCGGCAUCAAGCACACCACGAUGAAUCAUCGCACCUGAAGACAUCGAAGACGUGCACGCUGCACGAAUGAGGGUGACUGAGGAGUGGCUGACCGACCGACCGAUGUCUCUUCCCCUCCUCUCCACCGGCUGGCCCCUCUCAAUGAGCGUCACGGGAUGGCCGCUCUCGGCCAGGCGAAGAGCGGCAAACAGACCUGCAUGCAUUGCAAGCCACAUACACACACACGUGCCAUCACAACACAGGUCACUCUCAGAGCCAUACCUGCCGGUCCAGACCCGACAACAGCCACAGGCGGCAGGCCCGCAGACAGGGGGCUGGCUGACGACGGGGGCAGCCUGUCGCCCACUUGAGGCGCCGGCUCGCACAGUCCUGGCCGACGUCUGACAUUGACAGCGUCUUGCAGAGGCACCUCUAUAUCCACCACAUAGCUGCACACAGGUACACACAGGUACACACACCCUUCCUUCUUCACUCCCAGCCUCAAUUACUUGAAGUGCAGCAGUGGCGUGCCGUCCGCCUCCCUCGUCCGCCUCAACACUCGAGGCCUGGCGUCGAAGCUCUUGCGCACUAUCUCCACCUUCACGUCUUCAGCACCGCCCUGGCCCAGGAAGAAGUCCUCUUGCAGGCCCGCCUGUGCGGCUACGGCACGCAGCAGGCCGUCCCACACCGCCGUGCUGUCUUUGCCCGGGUCGUCGGCCACGGGGAUCUGCACGAAAGGCAGACACACAGACACGGGGUGUACGUGUGUGAGAGAGAUGAAUGAAUGCAUCGCCACGUGACACGUACCUGAAUGUUGAAGAGCCGCCAUCUCGUCACUCUCUGUCCUCCUGUUGGUGCAGUCCUUCUCCCUCUUGGCCUCCUUGCUCGCCCUCUCCGUUUUUUUGCCGUGUCGUGAUCCACAACCACAGCCGGAAGGGACCGCGGGAUGAUCCGGGGGCUCCUGCAUGGCCGGCGUGGCCUGUGCAGCAGCAGCGGGAGUGGCUGGAAGGCGUCGAUGGUCUCAACGAGCAGCACAACUGCCAAGAUGACGAGAAGCAUUCGCCUUCGAGAUCGGUUCACCUUCAGAUCUUUCUGGCAGCAGAUCUCACUGGCCAGCCGUCUGACGUGCUGAAUGGUAGCAAACGGAUG